AAACAUUUGUGACAGGAGCAGCUUGAGCAAAUUUUGGAAAGAUGGGGAUGGGUCGUGCACGGGAGUUUUUGCGGCGUAAUAUAGUGCUGGUGGUGAUGGUGCCAGUGCUGUUUGGCGUCCACUAUGGCUGGCAGAAGGUGCAGGAUGUAGAGGUGUUUGUGCCCAAGCAGCAGCGACGAGAUCUCCCUGUUAUUGAGGGUGCAAAGUACAUUGAGGAAGGGCUCAAGACAAAAAUGGGCUUGAAGAAAGGAGAAUAGCAAGUGAGGCCUUCUUAAAGCAGCAAAGAUGUCUGGUGCGGUGUUAGAGGAGGAGCGAGUGAGGGGAGUGUUUUGUCAUAGUGUUUCUCACCCUUCAUACUUGUCCAUGCUGGCUCGUUACAGGAGACUCCUCCUCUCAGCCUAUGGACCAAAGGGUAGCUCUGUCUUGCUUAGCAAUGCCGUAGGUAGGGAAGCACUUCUGUCUUCCUCAUCAGAAAUCAUCAAAGAACUGUCUUUUGCCCAUCCCACUACAAAAUACAUAAAUGCAUUAAUUAGUGCUCAGAACUCCUCUUGUGGCCUUCAUGGUCUGUACACUGGCCUGCUAUGUGUCAGACUGCUGGAAGAAGCUCUGAAGUGUGAGGAAGACAUGCCACAUCCAGCUGUGAGUACCAUCUCAGAAUGUAUAAUAUCUCAUUUGAUUGAGGAACUAGACAAGUUUCCACCCCAAGUGGUGAUGGAACUGGACAUCGGUGAUAUGGACCAGGUGGUGUCCUUUGUUAAGACAAUAAUAGGUGCCAAGAGUUGCCUGUGCCUCAGUCUGUCUGAUGCCAAUGAACUCUGCAUCAACAUAGUUCGUGCAUUUCUCAAAAGCAUUCCUGACGAAUACACUUUGAGCGGGUUUGGGCAUGUUUCUAUUGUCGCCCAGGAGGAUGGACCAUCCCUCCCAGGUGGCGUAUUUGAGGGUGUCUUGUACAGGAACCCUGAUGUGUCUAAAGCCAGAGUGGAGAAGGUUGGAGUGCUGAGUGAAGUGAGAGUGUUACUUUUCACCGUAGCACUGUCAUACACAGAGGAAACAAUAGCAGUUUCUUGGGAAGGGUCAGGCACCAAGGAGGAGAACUUUGAGUCCUUGGUCCUGGCCAGCCUUGCAUCUGUACUUCAAAAAAGGAACAUCAGCAUUAUAGCCAACCAGAAACCUGUUCACCCAGCCCUAAAAUUUGAGUUAGAGCGCAGAGGCUACUUGAUACUGGAGAGACUUGGUACUAGUGUCACUGAGGCCUUGAUAAGGGUGAGUGGCUGCCAGGGCAUUAGUAACCUCAACAACCUGCCGGAUGAGUUGAGCGAUGCUGUGCUGGGAACACUGACUUUGGUGAAGAAUGUUGUCUUCAAUAACAAGAACUAUAUUCUGCUUCACAACAGUGAAGGUUGUGUGGCAACUCUCCUGCUGCCCACAGCCAGCCCCAGCAUUCUGCCCACACUAAAGGAGACUGUUGAGAGUUGUUUGGCUGCCAUGAGAAUGGCAGUAGUGGAUGGGAAGGUGGUUAGCGGUGGGGGCUGCCUGGAGGCUUGGACUGCCAUGGUCGUCUCUCGUUUCAUCACUACUGAUUCUCAUCUCCUCACCUUGCAUGGCAGUGUCACACCUCACCACAUCUUAAAGGUUGGAAAUAUUUUCAUUCAAGUAUUGAUGGAAUUGGCUCUGCAUCCAAGUGGGGGAUCCUCUAGAUUUGAUUGGUCAGUGGACACAGUCUUCCAUCACCUGUGGCACACUCCACCACACUUGCUGAAACGAGAUGGAGCCGGGCCCAGCACCACCCUCCCUGCCAGUCCUCAACAACGCUGUGUCUGUGGCUUGGUGACACAGGAAGCUGUCAAGUACAAAUACAGUGGUUGGUGGAAGCCUGUGGAAUUCCAUCUUCCAAAUCACCUCCCUGUCUUACCCUCUGGGCACAAGAGGGUGGGGGGCCACAAGUCAGGUAAGCAUAUGUCUAAAGUUGACAUAUAUGGUGGUGAAGAGAGCCAAAGUGAGCCAGAGUCCUUGAGUCAAUGCACAGAGGACAGCCUAGAAGGGUGUGAAAAUGCUAGUGAAGAAGUAGACAGCCUGGAGAAGACUCCUUGUAGUUUGGAGGAAGAAGUUGAUAGUCUGGAAGGCCAAUUGGAAAGUUUUGAUAUCGAAGAAUAUGACAGCUUAGAAGAUAUCUUAGACAGAUAUACGAAGCCACUCAGGGAGGAUGAGAAGAGCAAGAUGCCACAAGCCAAACUUGAAGAACACUUGUCAGGGGCACUGUAUGAUAGCUUUUCUGCUAAGUUCAAUGCAACAAGAAUGGCUUUUGAGGGUUUCACUCAGCUGUUGCACAUUGGUCAGUGCAUUUUUGAUAAGUAAAGGCAACUCCUUACCUAAUAAUUGUUACUAAUCAGUAACUGGUGACCGAAAUUAAAUUAUAAGGACUAUGAACAAUGCACUUGCAAAAUUUUAUGCCAUCAGAAAUAUGGGUUUUGAAUUGGUAAUUAGUUGAUAGUCAAGUGUACCAAUCAGGUAGUUAGAAUAAUUAUGUACAUAAUUAAGAUGGCGCCACUAUAAACACUUGCCUGCGCCAUGACGGGCUGGGGCCCUCAAGCAAGCCCACCGGUGCAAUAGGCGGAGACGUAAAAAAAAUAAAAUAAAGAUGUGAUAGUUAUCAGUACACAUAUGAGUAUUGUUCAUGCAUUACAAUCAUUAUUAUACAGAACUAUAAAAUUUUGGAACUUUGUUACUCAAACAGGAUCAGUAAAGUUUAGUUUGUCUGCUUUAUACAUAUGUACAGGAGUGACGGACUUUUUUUAUAUAAAUGUAAUACUGUA